UUUUUCCAUUGUUCCACAGGUGACGAUACGCAAAACCAUGCUGAACACUACCAGGAGAUAGACAUCCUCUUUUUCUAACCAGGGGAAAGGAAGUUAUCUUUGGGAAAAAGGAGUUAUUGGCCGUCUUCUUCUCCAAGCUCUUUUUUUUCUGGAAGUGUGGUCCAGCAUGGCCUCCAGCCUGACGUGUACGGGGGUAAUUUGGGCUCUGGUGUCCCUGCUGAGCGCCGCUGCGUCCUGCGUGGGCUUCUUCAUGCCCUACUGGCUGCUGGGCUCUCAGAUGGAUAAAGCGGUGUCCUUCGGCACCUUCCGCCGGUGCUCGUACCCCGUCCGGGAUGAGGAGCGGCAGGCGACAGUCAUGCUGGAGCAGUGUGGGAGGUACGCCAGCUUUCAGGGAAUCCCGAGCGUGGAGUGGCGCAUCUGUACGGUGAUAACAGGGGUGGGCUGCGGGCUGCUGCUGCUGGUGGGCCUGACGGCGCUCAUGGGCUGCUGCAUAUCAGAGCUCAUCUCCAGGAGCAUCGGACGCGCCGCCGGAGGGAUACAGUUCCUCGGAGGUCUGCUCAUCGGGUCAGGAUGUGCUCUGUAUCCUCUGGGCUGGGACAGCGAGGAGGUUCGGCAGACGUGUAACAACAGCUCAGAUCAGUUUGAACUCGGUUCUUGUCAGAUCGGAUGGGCUUAUUAUUGCACCGGGGCCGGUGCUGCCUCCGCCAUGCUAUUGUGCACGUGGCUCGCCUGUUUCGCAGGGAAGAAACAAAAGCAAUACCCAUAUUAGCAGACGCGGCCACAACGACAGCAGGACGAUGCCUUACACACAAUUAAUGCAGCUCUGAAUGCUCAACACGGGACAUUUGUGGGAUUCAGAUGACUUUGGACAGUACUUCCUCUGCAAAACUAGACAGUUUUCAAUGCUAAAGGACCAAGUGAUGUUUUUUAUGACCACUGUUGUGAAUUUUGCAAGAGUGCUUCUUUCUUUUUCUUUGUUUCUUUUGGUCUCUUUCUCUGGAACUGAUAUGAUAAAGUAAGCUUUGGUUCUGGUGUAAAAUACUGGGUAACACUUUUAUUAAAGUCUGUAUAUGUAAUGUAUUAUAGGUACUCUUUCCAUACAAAACAUUAAAACGAAGACUAAUAUAACAUAAAAUCUAUCUAUCUAUCUAUGGGAAACCGGAGCACCCGAAGGAAACCCAUGCCAACUCUGGGAGAAUAUGCAAAGUCCACACAGAAAUGCCAACUGGCCUAGUCGGGACUUAAAUAAGCAACCUUCUUGCUGUGAGGCGACAGUGCUAACCACUGAGUCACCAUAAUAAUAAAAGACACCAAAACAAAAUAUCAUAUGGUGUAAAUAAUGAGCUGGCAUAUAGUUUAGUUGUCAUUUUCUAGUCAAUGUGAUUGGCAGAUCAGAAUACAGGUAUACUCAUAUGUGAAAAUAUUUAUACUGUUUAUAUAAAGAUUUGCUCAAUUUAAUGCAUUAAAGUACCUUCAAACAUAUAUUAUAUAUACACAGACUUCAUGUAAAGUGAUGCCAAAAAACAUAUUCAUCAUUAUUGUGGAGUGUGUUUAGUUACAUAUCCAUUGUGAAUUGCAAUAAUAUUCUUGGUUAAUAUCGGUCUAUAAUGCCUUUUAUUUUAUUUUUUUUGGAAGCUUGAUCAUUUUUACAGAAAAGUAUGCUAGAAAUAUAAUGUACAGUAUAUGUUCUGAUGAAAUACGUUUGUAUCUUAUUGACAUAUUGUGUUCAAAAUGACAACAAGGAGUCAUUGCUUAUUUGAUUCAACUUGUGUUUGUGAAUAAAAUGUUAUCAUAAA